GUCAGACCAAUCAGACCGGUUGCAGAUGCGGAGUACAGCUAGCCUACACUCGGUAGGGAGGGAGGGAUUUAGAAAAGUAGGGUAAUAUCUUUGUUGAAUACAUCAUCAUUGGUUGAGUAAACACAAUAUUGGAUUAUAUGGGUCCGACUGAUUGAAUUAAUAGAUUUGUAAUUUCAACAACAAUAGCUUGUAAACCAUUGAGUGAGCGCUUUUUUGUUGGAGAAGGUAAAGAAAGAGAUUCAGGAUUUCUUCAAUCUCCCAAUGGAAGAGAAGAAAAAAUAUUGGCAGUACCCAGGAGAACUAGAAGGAUUUGGACAGGCCUUUGUUCUGUCUGAGGAGCAAAAGCUUGAUCGGGGUGAUCUCUUUUUCAUGAUCAACCUCCCACACCAUUUCAGAAAACCCCAUCUGUUCCCUAAGCUGCCUCUUUCUUUCAGAGAUACAUUGGAAAUUUACGCAUUGGAGCUGAAAAAUCUAGCCUUUACCAUUUUAAAAAACGUGGCAAAGGCACUUGAAAUGGAAAGCGGAGAAAUGGAGGAAUUCUUUGAAGAGGGCCUUACCAUCCUGCUUCAGAUAAAUGAAGUAGAGGGCCUCCAGAUAAAAAAAGAUGGCAAAUGGGUUCCAAUUAAGCCCCUCCCAAAUGCCUUCAUCAUCAACAUUGGAGACGUUUUGGAGGUUAUAACAAAUGGAGCAUAUCGUAGCAUCACUCACCGCGCGACAAUUAACUCAGAAAGAGAAAGGCUCUCCAUUGCCACAUUCUAUAACCCGAAGUAUGAAGGGCAAAUAGGCCCAGCAAGAAGCUUGAUCUCUUACCUUGAUACCCUGAGACUGUAACAGGGUUAGACCUGCAGUGAUGUUCAAUGCAUAAUGUUGAUGAGGAGUUAGAGAGAAUAAGAAAUAAAUGUGAAAAAUGUGCUGCUAUAUAUAUAAAACUAAGUUGAGGAGAAGCUACAAUGAAGUCUAUUUCUUUUC